AUGUCAACCACCACAGCAGACCCGCCCGAAUGCUUCACCGACGAAACCCUCCACCUCUGGCGCCAGUACCCCGAGCUCAACGGCCGCUCGCGCCAGCGCCCCUCUCCCGAGAAGCUCACCUUCAUCAGCGAGGUUCUGCGCGGCGUCUACCUCGGCGACGCCACCUCCUGCAACAAGUCGCACGUGCGCUCGCGCUACCGCAUCGCCAACGAGACGCUCCAGUACAUCCCGGAGGACGGGCGGCCGCCGCGCACCGUCAUCAACGACGACGAGGCGUACGGCCUCAUUGUCGAGUCGCACCUCAAGUACGGCCAUGCGGGCCGCGAAAAGGUCUUCCACUACCUCAAGGACAAGUUCUACCACGUCACGCGCGAGGAGGUCGGCUGGGUGCUGAAGCAGUGCGCAAAGUGUAAGGCGCGCUGUAAGAGUGCGGAGGCGCCGUACGAGAACUCGCCGGACCCGGCCGGCGAUGAGGAUCCGGCGAUGGCGGGGAUGGAUGGGGCGGCGGCGGAGGAGGAGGAGAAUUACCUCCCCGGCGCCUACACGAAGAAGUUCAAUGCGCUCCGGGCGGAGAGCAAGCUGGACGAGUCGGAGUGGAUGAACCUGUGUCUGUGUGUGGCGAGAGAUGUGAGAGGUCCGACGGGCCUUGACGUCAUGCUCGAGAACGAGGAUAAGGGGAAGGCUUGGGACGAGCAUUUCAGCCCGCUUUGCGACAUCUACGCAGAGAGACAUUGGGGCACGAAGACGAAGGGCCGGUGGUGGGCUGGGGACCGUGCGGGGGACCAUAUAUUGAUCAAGGAUUUUCUCCGCCGGCUGUUCAUGAACUUCUUCCAGAAAGAGCGCGUCCAUCGGGCAAGGAUUGCACGCAAGGCGGCAAAGGGAAAAAGGUCUGAUGCCCCUUCCAGCGGCCCUGGUGGUGCUGGCGGUGGCCCCAGCGGCGGUACAACCUGGAUGCGCUCCCACCCGCCAAUCAAGAUCCCCGCGACCCAGCAGUCCCACACAGACCAAGACAACAGCAGCCCCUGUGCGCAGAAGGGCCUCUCCAAAAAACGCCAGCGUGAAAUGGACCCAACCUCUCUGCACUACACCUCAGCGAACCAAGUCGACGGCGAGCCAAGCCACAAGAACCCACGACUAGAGCGCAUCAUGGUCUUACUAUCAAACGCCGAAAAAGAGCAGGCCGACGAGCCCCCGCCAGACACCACCACACACACACACACCCGCAAGCGGAACACCGCAAGCACUAUCCACCACCACAGCCCCGUCUCCCUCGAACCCACCCCCCACGCCGUCUUCCGCCUCGACCCCAUCGGCGCCGUAUUCCCACCCAUCCCCCCGCCCAGCGCCACCACCACCGCCUCCGGCAGCACCAGCAACACCCCCACCACCCCGCAGAUCUCCGACGACCUGCUCUUCAUGACAUACGUGCAGCGCGACGAGCGGCGCCACGAGAUCCGCCUGAUCCGCGGCGACUCGCUGACGCCGCUGCCGUUCACGGGCGUGCUAGAGAAGCUGCGCAAGAAGCACCGGUUGGGGGCGAGGCAGGUGAUUACGGCGGUGGUGCUGGACUUUAAGGGCAAGAAGCUGUGCAUUGAGGCCGAGGACGAGGAUUGUCAGUGUGAUUGGGAGACGUGGGUGAGGGUUGAGGGCCCCAAUGCGAAGCAGGUGGAGAUGGAGGUGAAGGUGGCGGAGAUGGUGGGGUGA